AUGCCAGCAAACAGAUUAUACGCUGAAUUUCCUAUCAAUUCCGUAAACCCCUCCUUACCAUUACCUUUACCGGAAGGCUCAAAUCGCAGCGGCCUGCUUUGCCCGUCUUGCCAAAAUCCUCAUUCGACGACGUACUACAAACCCGUUGCUCAACCACACGAGCCACUAAUCGGCAUAUCUUGCCGCAAAGGAAGAUAUUAUCGAUCAUAUAGCCUUGCCCACGCCACAAAAGCAAUCCUUCAACAUAACUCGCGGCUGCAAAACCGGUUUUACCGAGGUAACCUAGAUCUAGCCAUGCAAGUAGCUCAACUUAUGGACGGCAACCCCAGUGAAGAUCCGAGAUCUACUCAACCAACUACUCAACUUAAGAAGAAGAAAACACUGCCAAUCCAUCAACAAUGCGUUGGAUACAAAGGUCAAUUUGGUGUUGGACACACAGCCCGUAAAAAUGAGAGCUGCACCAUCAAGACAUGCCGUAAUUGUUGCGAGCAGCUUAAACCGCCUAACCAACGUUGUUCCAAACAUUCAGCAAAUCCUAAGGCCAAACAUCCAAUUUCUGUGCCUCGGCAAACAGGCAACCGUCCCGAAGUUCAGGACGUUCGGCUAGAUGAAGAUGUCGAUCAUGAACCCCUCAUGACCCAAGGUCUCACUCAAUCUCAACCUCCUCCUCCUACUCUUACACAAGCGUCCCAUGCCUUCUCCACCCCUCUCUCAGCCGCGCAGGUAGCACGCUUCCGAAGGACCACCAUUCAGCAACAAGCCGAGGAACGAGAAGACAAAGACCAUGUCUCAGUCGCCAGCAAAACCACUACGUUUGUGGUUUGGUCAGGUUUAGAGGCGGGUGAACCCUUGCCGUGUGAAACGUUCCGAGUCUACGCACCGCGAUGGCCUUUCUUAAAGCUCAAUCAGUCCGAGACACUAAUGGAACUUGUUCGAGAUAAACUGGGUUCAACCUGGAAUGGAGACCUUCGAGUAUGGAUUCCAGAGGAAAAAGGCUGGGUGAAGAUGCAAACUUUGAUAGUGGAGGAGUAUAACCCGCACUAUCGACGAAUCCUCAUAUUAUUUCCUGGAAUUGUACCGGAAAAAUGCAAGGAGAUGGAAUCCAACAUCGCAUUGGUAGGAAGUAUGACCAUUAUCCAAAAGAUGGAUUUGCAUAGUGUAAUUAGUCCAGUAGCCUAUUCACGAUUUCACACACCUUCGGCCACACCGGCUACCCCUACCCCACAUGCCAUUGUAGUCAACAUAUCAUCAGAUGACGAAGAGGACGGUGAAGGAAUUCACGAUGGAAUUGGCAGUCAUCAUCCUAGCUCUGACCUCCCAGAAGUGGAGGACAUUAUACCGACUAACCCAAACCCUUCUAACUCUAACCUAUCUACGGCUGAUGAUGAACCCCCGGCACCUACUGACAACACGGAACCCAAUGUAGUCACGCUAUUUCCCUAUCUAGAGCAAGGAUGGCCCACCCAACCGAGACCUGUUUCGAUGAAGUCACUGUGCGCUUUUGUGGCACUCACCGUGAAACCCAAAAACCUUUUGAUCAAAUCGGCUUUUAACAGGGUAUACGGCCAAACUCAUGUUUACGCUCCUUCGACCGUAUCCAAAUACCGUCGAUGGGUUAUAAGAAUUGAUGCAGAGGCGCUUAAUGCUUACAUCAAUAACGGCAACCCCACGGUGAUCGAAGCGAAACACAAGUUUUGAUCUGAAUGGAUGGAGAUGGACCAUCGCGGUAAAUCCCAGCGUCGUAACAUUUGAUUAUACACUAUGUUUGAUUUACGUGGAUUCUUAUAACAUGAUUUAGUCAGUUUAAGUGUAAAUAAUUGUCGUUAUAAUUUUAUUCCUUUUUUUUACUUAUAAAUAAUUAUGCGGUUUGACCUGUUUUUAGCUCUCCUAUACCUUUUCAUUUGUCAAUAAUGAUUAUUACUCCAUUGAUAUUCAAAUGUUAUCUUUAAUCGUUUUUUUGCUUAUAAAUAUUUCUGCGGUUUAACAAUUUUUAUUAUAGCUGUCGCAUACAUUUUCAUAUGUAAAUAAUCAGUCUUCUUCCAUUGAUAUUCCAAUCUUGAUCUUCAUGCUCUGUCUCUUCUUGAACAUUGGUAUUCUGACUUACAAAUAAGUAUCUUUGGUAAUAAACCAAUGAAACUAAGCU